AUGGCGAUCCAGGAGAUUUCCCGCUCUUCUAUGGAGAUCCAAGAGAGCAACCAGGAUGUUGUUCUCAUGAAAGGCGAUACAAAUGUUGAUCCCCAUAAACCCGAGAAGAGUCUCGUGUCAGACAAGUUCCUUGCGUCGCUGGGUGAUGAGGAUCCAACUCCCGAGGAGCUCGACGGUCCGAACGCGCUGCGUCGUAUCUCUGCACCUAUUCCGCUCGCCGUUUACGCAGUCGCUUUUGUUGAGCUCUGCGAACGGUUUUCAUACUACGGAACCCAGGUCUUGUACUCCAACUUUGUAAACCAUUCUCUACCUGCCAUCGAUGGGCCUGCGGGAUCGCAUCAUAACACAGGUGCUGGUGGUGGUACCUCACAAGGCAUAUCGGGUGCUCUUGGAAAGGGUGUUCAGACUGCGAAUGGUGUGAACACUUUCAACACCUUCUGGUGUUACUGUGUACCUCUGUUCAGUGCCUAUAUUGCUGAUGAAUACUGGGGACGAUAUAAGACCAUCUGUUGGUCCAUCGGAUUUGCCAUUCUGGGUCACAUCAUUCUUGUCAUCUCCGCUAUCCCUCCCGUGAUUGUUAACACCAAUGCUUGCUUCGGCGUGUUUAUGCUUGGUGUUAUUAUCAUGGGUCUCGGCACUGGUGGCUUUAAACCUAACAUCUCUGCGCUAGUCGUUGAGCAGAUCCCUGCUGUGAAUCUCAAAGUGCGCACUGAGCCCUCUGGUGAGCGUGUGAUUAUCGACCCAACUAUCACACAGAGCCGUAUCUAUCACUACUUCUACCUGUUCAUCAACAUCGGUGCUCUGGUUGGUCAGAUUGGUAUGGCAUACGCCGAGAAGUAUGUUGGUUUCUGGCUGGCAUACCUCCUUCCCACCCUCAUGUUCUUGAUAACUCCAUUCAUCAUGUGGUGGGGUCGAAAUCGCUAUCGUCAGAGCCCUCCUCAGGGUUCAGUGACCUCCAAGGCUAUAUUAACCUUCGUAUAUGCUCUCCGAGACCGCUGGCACUGGAACCCUGUGAAGUUGUGGAAACGCACUCAUGACGGUACUCUCUGGGAGACCGCCAAGCCCUCAAAUAUCCCACCGCACCUACGACCCAAGUGGAUGACCUUUGAUGACGCCUUUGUAGACGAAGUACGCCGUGGAUUCGCCGCUUGUGCAGUCUUCUGCUGGUACCCCCUCUAUUGGCUUGCAUAUGGUCAGUUGACGAACAAUCUGACCUCACAAGCUGGUACGAUGAAUCUGGGCGGCGUGCCCAACGAUGUCAUCAACAACCUAGAUCCGUUUGCGCUGAUCAUCUUCAUCCCCAUCUGUGACACCUUACUGUACCCCGGUCUGCGCAAGAUGGGCAUUCGAUUCACUGCCAUCAAGAAGAUCUUCUUCGGAUUCAUGCUGGCUUCGUUUGCCAUGAUCUGGGCCACCGUAGUUCAGCACUACAUCUACAAGACUUCGCCAUGCGGAUAUGAUGCUAAUAACUGUUACCUCGAUGACGGUAGCGUCAACAACUCUCCUCUGAAUGUCUGGAUCCAGACUGGCUGCUACGUCCUCAUUGCACUAUCUGAAAUUUUCGCAUCUAUCACUUCUCUCGAGUACGCUUACUCCAAGGCUCCUCGAAGCAUGCGUUCCUUCAUCCAGGCCAUUUCGCUUUUCACCAACGCCAUUUCAGCUGCUAUUGCCGAGGCUUGCAACCCGCUAUCCGCCGACCCCUUGCUCGUGUGGAAUUACGGCCUGUUCGCCGUACUGGCUGGUGUUGGUGGCGUUGGCUUCAUCUGGCAGUUCUGGGGACUGGAUAAGGAAGAAGAUGAGCUUAACAACUUGGCCGAGGGCCAUGUCUUUGCUGAUGAGAAACCUAGCCCCGCCUUGCUGGUUGCUGCGGAGGUCGGUCCUGUUAAGGGGUGA